AUGGGCCAAUACGAAGACUUCUCCACCCUCACACGCCGUUCCCUCAAGCAUGCUCUGUCUGAAUCGUCCUGCUAUCUUAGUGGAGGACAGACGGAUGAACUGAUGCAAGCCUAUGAUUCGCUCUCAUGCUUUCCGGACGUCGAGCAAACGCUCGAAUCGCUCAAGACCGCACCGGAUCUUCGCGCUGUCGUCUUCUCAAACGGAACACAUGAGAUGGUAUCAAGCAGCGUGCAGAAUUCGCCGGAUCUGUCUCCGCAUGCCGACGUUUUCGACGACAUCAUCGUAGUGGAGGAAGUGCGGAAGUUCAAGCCAGCGCCUGAAGUCUAUAGCCGUCUGGCUAGGAAGGUAGGAAAGGAUCCACAAAGUGAAGAGCAGAUGAAGGAAAUUUGGCUGGUAUCUGGCAAUCCCUUCGAUGUCGUUGGUGCGAGAGCUGUGGGCAUGAAUGCCGUGUGGGUAGACAGAGCGGGAACUGGGUGGCAGGACUCGCUUGUUGAAGGCGAGAAGGGGAGGCCUACCGAGGUGGUGAAGAGUCUCGACCAGGUCGUUGCGACGGUGAUGAGCUCGCAGAGCGACAAGCUGACCGAGCAGUGGCGGGAGAUGCAUCGGGAGAGGAACACAUGA